AUGGCGGAUGCUAGUUCUUACGACUAUAUUAUCUGCGGCGGUGGCACGUCAGGGUGUGUAGUAGCAGGUCGUCUUGCAGAAAACCCCGAGAUAAGUAUCCUCCUCAUUGAGGCUGGACAGCAUAAUAAGGAUCUGGAGAAUGUACACAUGGCAGGCGGAUGGUCGAAUAACUUCGACUCCGAAACCGACUGGAACUUCAUCACACCGCCAAUGCAAGGCGUCGACAACCGUCAAGUGAAAUUAAGUCGUGGUCGAUUCCUGGGCGGUUCAAGUGGCUGUAAUGGAACACUAUGCAUUCGCGGAGCCAAGCAAGAUUAUGAUGACUGGGAAUUGGAAGGAUGGGGUGGAGAGGAGUUCUUCAAAUAUAUGCGCAAGUCUGAGACCUUCAACUCCAAACCGUGGUUCAAAGCAGAUGCAUCAAGUCAUGGCUAUUCGGGCCCACUUCACACAGAACCGCAUGAUCUUGCACCGAUCUCCCAGCUCCUGCUUGAGUCAUUGGAGUCCCAGGGAAUGCCGCUAAAUCAUGAUAUGUUUAGCACUGGCGAUGUCCCUCACGGUUGUGGCCAUGUGCCUCGAACAGUUCAUGAAGGUAUCCGGACAACGGGUGCUGAUUUCGUGACUAACAAGAACCACCGUGGAAAUGUCACAAUUAUCACAGACACAACUGUUGACAAGAUUCUUUUCACAAAGCAAGGUAAUCAAAAUCACGCUUCUGGUGUUUUGACCAAGGCGAAAGAUGGUACAACGAAGACUUUCUUUGCGCGAAAGGAAAUCGUUAUUUCAGGUGGCGCAUACUGUAGCCCUGCUAUCUUGCUUCGCUCCGGUAUUGGACCUGAAGCAGAACUUGCAAAGCAUCAAAUUCCGGUUAUUGUCAACUCUCCUGGCGUUGGCAGAAAUCUUAUGGAUCAUCUUAUCGUCUUCAUCUUUUACGAGACUGAAAAAUCAGGUCUGACAACCGAUUAUGCCGUCUACCAUGACGACAACUUCGAGAAGACAUACCAACUCUGGAAAGAGAAGAAAACAGGUUUCUUAUCCACCUUCCCGUUCGGGUGCUUUGCAUUCGCUAGAUUGGAUGAGCGUUUGAAAGAUGAGCCCCUGUGGAAGAAUGCACCCCGUCUCCCAGGCCGAGACCCCAUGGGUCUGACUCCCAAACAACCGAACAUCGAGUUCUUCACAACAGAAUGCUACGGUGGUCCAAAGCAGUAUGAUCAGUUCCCAGUCGCUAACAAGCAUGUAUUUUCCAUUAUCGCGGAACUUUUCGCGCCGAAGUCGCGCGGAUCUGUCACUCUAUCCUCGACAGACCCAUUGGUGAAUCCUAUCGUUGAUUGCAACUACUUGGAUGAUCCCAUGGAUCUGUUAGUUCUGAGUGAGGCUUGUAAAUUUGGCAAUGAAGUUGUUAUGAAUGGGGCUGGGACGAAGGAUAUCGUGAAGGGAUCUUGGCCUCCUAACUUGAGUCAUCAUACCAACAAGUCCAGAGAAGAUUGGAUUCCCCAUGUGAAGGAGCAUGCGACUACCUGUUAUCAUGCCGCUGGAACAUGUGCGAUGGGCAAAGAAGGAAACCCUCUGGCCGUGCUGGAUGGGAAACUGCAGGUCAGGGGAGUCACUGGCUUACGUGUAGCUGACUGCAGCGUCAUGCCCACUUUGCACGGAGGACAUACCCAGAUGCCGGCUUACGGUAUUGGAGAGAAGUGCGCUGAUCUCAUCAAAGAGACCUGGCGCCAGGCAGGCAACGUAUACCCCCGAAUUUGA